UUUGCGUCAUAUUUGUAAUUUAAUAAUUAUUUCAGCCGUGUGGCGAAAUCGGCGAAAUCUGUGGCGAUUGGCGAAAUCACUUUCAAGCAAGGGGGCGCACGUGGUUAAUUUGUUUUAGGAAGGAGGGCGUUGAUAUUAAGUUGUUUUCGGCGGUUGCACUUUUGACAUAUAAACGUCAAGUUCAGUGUAUUUUAUCAAAACACACAACACUCUCAGCCCCAGCGGUGAUGGAGGCAGCCGCGGGGGAGGAGUUCGUACGCCGGCUGCGCGGCCUCAUCGAGCCAGACGCCCAGCUCCAGCGCGAUGGCCUGGCCUACCUGGACAGUCUGAAGGCCUCUGACGCCGGCUGGCGGCUCUGCGUGGACGCGCUGCUCUCACCGUCAUUGGACGCUGAGGAGCACGUGCAGUUUUAUUGUCUCCAGGCGGUGGAACACUUUGUGAAGACCCGCUACCCGGCCGAGGCGGACGUGGCGUCGCCUCUGGUGCGGCACUUUAUCAAUGGAUGGGUGCAGCGGCAGUGUAAGCUGGCCGGCGCGGGCGCCAAGACCUACUUGCGGAACAAGGCGGCGCAGGUGUUCUCCCUGGUGUUCGUCACCGACUUCCCCGACCGGUGGCCGACGUUCCUGCUGGACCUGAUGGCGCUCACCCAGCUGGGGCCGCCGGCUGUGGAUGCGUUCCUCAGGACACUGCUCCAGAUCGACCAGGAGAUCGUGGACCGUGACGUGGUGCACUCGGAGGCCGAGGCGCGGCGCAACACGCGCAUCCGUGACGCCAUGCGUGAGAAGUGCGUGCCACAGCUGGUGGAGGCGUGGCUGGCCACGCUGAACACUUACGCCGGCUCGCAGCCGCAGCUGGCCUGCAUGUGUCUGGAGGCGGUCGGCAAAUACGUCUCCUGGAUAGACAUUGGACUGGUGGCCAACAACAGCUUCGUCUCGGUGCUGGUGACGCUGCUGGGCCUGGUGGACGUCCGCGAGGCGGCCGCAGAGUGCCUGCACGACAUCUGCCACAAGGGCAUGGAGCCGCUCAGCAAGGUGCAGCUGGUCGAGUCGCUGUUUGGCGUGCUCGAGCAGGCGUCAGUGUUCGCGCUGCUCGAUAAUGUUAACGACCAGACGCCGGCCGAAGACGUGGACUACCUCUGUAAGCUUGGUAAGCUGCUGAACGGCAUGGGAACAGAACUGGUGCUUUGCUACCACAAACUGGCCAAGACCGGGCCGGGUGCGACAGUCGCAGUCGAGGCCGCUAUAGCGGCUAAGAUGGGCCGCAUGCUGGCCUUCCUGAACUGCGAGUAUGACGAUCCGUCUCGCAGCGUCAUUGACUUCGCCAGGGAUUAUGUGCAGAUGCUGAAGACCAAGCCGAUGCUGGCCGAGGCGGAGACCGCACACGUCCGGGACAUGGUGUAUGUCAUCAUCCACAAGCUCAAGUACGACGACGAGUACGACUUCCAGGCGCUCGGGGAGGACGAGGCCAUGUUCCAGGAGUACAGGAAGCGGCUGAAGGUGCUGUAUGGUAACCUCGCUGCCGUGGACCGGGAGCUGGUGCUCCACAUCACGCAGCAGUACAUCACGGCCACACUGGACGGAUGGCGGCAGCUGCCCAUGAAAGACGUCGAGGCGGCCAUCACAAUGCUCUACAUGCUCGGGGAGGCACUGCCUACGCCAGCGGCUGGAAACUUCUUUUCAGAGGACCUGGUCAAGGUGACGCUGCUGCAGACGAUGAUGCGCCAGCUGGUGACCUCCGACGUCGUCUCCUACCCCCACCACAUCGUGCCGUUCCAGUACUUCGAGACCAUCUCCCGAUACGAAAAGUUCUUCACCGUCGAGACCAGCUAUCUGCCGCAGGUUCUGUCCGCUUUCCUGGAUAAGCGUGGCAUGAACCACCCAAACGAGCGGAACCGGGCACGGGCCGUCUACCUGUUCUCGCGAUUCAUCAAAUGCCUCAAAACUCAGAUGGGCCCGUUCACGGACACUAUCCUGGGUCAGAUCGGCGACCUCCUCUCGCUAGAGCCGUCGGAGACCACGCUGCUGAAUCGUGAGGACCAGCUGUACCUGUUCGAGACCGUCUCGGUGCUCAUUAUUUCCGCGCCGGCUGAUAACAAGCACAAGUGCGCGCAGUUGGAGCGUCUGUUGGGCCCGGUGGUGGGCCAGGUGACGACGCUGGCCGCCCAGCUGGAGGCCGCUCCGGAGGGCUCGCCCGAGGCCGAGCGACUGCAGAAGGCCGCCCGGCACGCUGUAGCCGUCACGGCCCGCACCACCAAGGCGUUCUCGGCCGGCCAGACGAUGAAGCUGAUUGGCUGCGUGCAGCUGUACCUGCAGGCGCUGCAGAUCUUCCUCGGCACGCUGCAGGGCCGCCGUCAGUACCCGCUGCUCCAGUCCGGCGUAGUGCAGUACCUGCACCGAUUAGUCGUCUGUCUGGAGGAGGAGGUACUGCCGUUCAUCCCCGCUGCCUCCGAGGCGCUCCUGCGCUCCGCUGACGUCAAGAAGGUGCAGGAGUACCUGCCGCUCAUCGGGCAGGUCGUGGCCAAGUAUAAGAAGGAGGUGGUGCCAUUCCUCACCCGCGCCUUCAUGCCCAUCGUGGAGACCAUCUUCGCCGGCCUGCGUCAGCCCGUGGACGAGGACGAUGAAGUGGCGAAGCGGGACCGUCAGACGCUGGAGCGGUGCUACUUCCUCUUCCUGGCUACGCUGGUGUCUAACGGGGUGAUGGAGGUGCUGUCUCAGCAGCAGCCGCAGCACCUGAACACGGUGCUGCUGUCGGUAGCUCAGGGAGCCGUCGAACUCACCGACCCCGUGGCACAGCGGUCGUGUUUCACAGUAUUACGGCGGGUAACUGAAGCGUGGGGUCGGGACGGGCCACCCCAGUUCGCCCAGUUCCUCUAUGAGCACGUGGUGCCCGCCUGCUUCCUGGCUCCUCUGCGGACCACGUUCGAUCUCUCGGACGCCCAGACCAUGCAGGCGUUACAGGAGAGCUCGCUUUGUCUGCGGUCCGUCUAUGAACAGCGGGGCGAGGAGCUCAUCAACUACCUGCAGUCGCAGUACAUGCCCAAGCUGGAUAUUGAGCCGGAGACCAUCCAGAGGUUCUGCCAGGCGCUCCGCUCCGACUCGAAAAUGUUUAGGAAUUACACCAAGCUGUUUUUCCGCCAAGCUCGGUCAUGACCUACCGCCGCGUCUCGGGUUUAGUUAGUUUUCACCGCCGCCUCUCGGGGGAGAGCGGCAGAGGAAUGUCUGUGAUAGAGCCGCCGGUGAGCCGUGGUGGGCCGGGGUGGUGCCUGCCUGCCGGUCGCUGGACGGUGCCGGUCCCUGAGACCCGUGAAAGGUCCGUAGUGGCUGGUGUAAUCGGCUCCAUCAGGGAAGACCGUUGAGCUGGACAAACCGCUGUCGAAGUGAUCCACCUGACUGCCCCGCUGAGUUACUGUUACCGUGCCUAAGUGAGCGUAUGAUGUGUGUGGGGCAGUGGCAAAUGAUUCUGAAACGCCUUCGGAGAGCUUCAGUCACUGCUGCGUUGCGACUUUGGGAGAGUCACUGCUCAUGGCAUGCAUAAUAGCAUGGUGCGCGCUUUAGGCAUGCAAUGGAGCGGUUGUCACUCGCCUGUGAAAGCCGCUUUCUUAGCGUUGUCAGCCAGUUACACACCACUCCUGGUGUCGAACACCUGCCGAAGCUGGUGAAGUAUCGACUGUUAUAACAGCGUGCGUGAAGCUGCCAAAAAAGUCAGUAUUUCGGCCUGUCUGCCGAGCUUUCCAAGCUGCACCUCGUGCGCUGUCUGCUGGGAGGAGUGUACGUUUUGGCAUGGAUCUGAACUGGGGAAACCGCAGGCAAUUAUCUUUCAUCGGCCCCCGUUCUCGGUAUAACCGAGGGGGUCGCACAGAAGGUGUCAUGUGUCAACAUAGGCGCCGCAGUUUGACACACAUUUGCCAGUUUGAACGGCAGCACGCUGGCCUUUCCGCGCACGGAGUGGUCCCAUGUGUGUUUGGUGCCGUAUCUACUCUAAUGGGUCACGUUUGGGGUGGCCUUUGUUAUAGCGAGCGAACGACACCGUUUCACCUUCCAAACGAAAGAUGCCGACUCUUGCGAUGCCGGGACGAGUGUUCUUGAUUUACCUGUGUAACAUGCAGUUUGUGUGGGCGCUGCGUACCGGCCGUGGUUGAAAUGGCGUCACAUCCAUGUUGCCAUGGAGACGAGAACGCCGCUGAGUAUGAACAGCGUCCGCACAGCUGUGAGGCUGUAUCUACUGUUGGGUGGAAAGCAGCGGAGGCCAGGGGGUCCCCACCGCUUGGUGUGCCUGUAUUUAUCGAGCGUCAUUAUAUUGGGAAUCUUUGUUUUUCCAGAACUCCCCAGCUUUGUUGUCAUGGAGGAACAAUCAACUGUUUUGCUCAUACGAGGUUAACCGCAACUGGUUUGUGAAUAUGCUAAUACAUUCUGACUGAGUCGGG